ACGGGAGCAGGAGCCGGGAGACUAUUUUUUUGCCACUUGCCGGGGCUCGAUCGCGUUUUUUUUUUUGUUGUUGUUCUUGCAAAACGCCUCUCCCUCCCUCCCUUCUUUCCUUCCUUCCUUCCUUUCUCUCUCUCUCUCGUGGAAGCCGGCCCGGCUCUCCCUCUUAAUCUUGGGGAGGCGGAAAAGAAAUUCAGAUUCCCAUCGGAUAUAUAUAUAUACAAGUUUGAUCGCUUCCAGUUCUCUUUCCCCCCCCACUUUUUUGUUUGCUUGUUCGUUCUUGCGGGGGGAAAGGUCGAAACAAAACCGAGGUUACCAAAAUGCCAGCCGAUACGAUGGAAAAACCCACCGCCUCGCCGAUUGCCGGAGCCCCGGCCAGCUCCAGCCAAACCCCAGAUAAACCCAAGAGCGCCAGCGAACACAGAAAGUCGUCAAAACCCAUCAUGGAGAAGCGAAGGCGGGCGCGGAUUAAUGAAAGCCUGGGCCAGCUCAAAACUCUCAUCUUGGAUGCCCUGAAGAAAGAUAGCUCCAGGCACUCAAAGUUAGAGAAAGCAGAUAUCUUGGAAAUGACUGUAAAACACCUGAGAAAUCUCCAAAGAGUCCAGAUGACAGCUGCUCUGAGUGCGGAUCCUACCGUCUUGGGCAAAUACCGAGCUGGAUUUAAUGAGUGUAUGAACGAAGUCACUCGUUUUCUCUCCACCUGCGAAGGGGUGAACACGGAAGUCCGUAGCCGGCUCUUGGGGCACCUUUCCACUUGCCUGGGUCAGAUCGUGGCCAUGAAUUACCCGCCCCCGCCGCCCCCUCCCCCUCAGGCCACCAGCGGACAGCCUGCGCAUUUGGCACAACCUUUGCAUAUCCAGUUGCCAGGACCAACAGCUGCACCUGGAGUCAUGCCCGGGCCGUGUAAACUCAACCCCAGUGAAAAUUUGUCCCCCAAAGUCUACGGGGGCUUCCAGCUGGUACCGGCGACCGACGGCCAAUUCGCUUUCCUCAUCCCUAGCCCAUCCUUCCCACCUAACGCCGGACCUGUGGUUCCACUCUACGCCAACACGAACAUGCCUGUUUCCAGUUCAACGGCGACUCCUUCGGUAUCACCGGUGCAAGGGCUCACAUCUUUUGGGGGCAGCUUAGCCCCCGUUUCUCAAGCCGGAGGAGAACGUCAUGAGAUGGUCUGGAGACCUUGGUGACUUCCCUCAUCCCUUUUCUCUCCCCAGAGGAAAAAAAAAACAUCCUGACUAUUUUCAACAUUGGUUCCGUUCUAUGGAAUCUGGACUUCUAUACAGAAUCCUCCCCCAACACACAAAAACUCAUAUUUAUUCAUGUCCAAAGGUUGGGAUGCCAAUUUGUAUUUUUCAUCUUUUUUUUUUUUAAAAAAAAACCACGUCCUGUGAAAAUAUUUCUUUUUUAAAAAAAGAAAAAAAAAAGUUAGUUUUGUAUCAAAUAUUUGCCAUGUACUAUGCCAAAGCUUGUUUAUGUCUGUCUUGGGACUUUUGUUUUUAAAAGAAUGCUGGAAGAUGUUUGUACAAAUAAAACUUUUCUUGAAUUAAA